AUGCCGAUCCAGAACCACGUGGUGUUGCUCCAAGCACUAGCAUUUCUUGCAUUUGUGGUGUCAGCUUAUAGCUACUGUCAACGGCCUGGAUUCAUCUGUAUGAACAAAGGCAAUUGCACAUUUGAUAAGAAAUGUCAAUGCGACAAGAACUGGGCAGGUUAUGACUGUCGUGCACCAGCAAAAUAUGUAGACUGUUACAAAAGGUGUAACAAUCACGGAACCUGUGUGCUUGGAACAUACUGUUAUUGUGACUUUGGCUGGUACGGUGAUAACUGUGAAAAACAGAACGAAACGAUAACAUGUAACAUGUUUAGUAUGGAUGUGGCCAUGCGCACUCCGGGCAAGCGGGUCAUAAGUCUGCAUGGAUCCGAUGACUGUUCUCUUAAAUUGGACAAGACAGAAAUGGCGAAAAACGAAUUUGUCUACAAGAGAACUUUCCCAAUGAUGGCCAGUCCUGGAUCUCCUUGUGAAGGCUAUCAACGCGAAGAGCUCGGGCCCGGGGUAUUUUCGUACACACUUGCCAUGUCGGUACAACGCAAGCAUACAACAUUUGCUCCUCUUGAUUGGAUAACAGAAUUCACAUGCACAUAUGAGCGAACUGCUAACGGUUCAGUUACAAGAAAUGAAGAAUACAAGCGAUUUGAAGUUGAUAUCGUUGACUAUUUGCAAUAUCCUCUACAAAACGGUGCCGGAACUACACAGAGUAAAGAAUUCUCCUUGGUAUUUUUCUCAAAUCUAACUGAUCACGAAGUAUUAGUGGUGGAAUUGGUUAUGUACAACGCGCAGACAUCACUGAAGAUGUAUGAUAUCAUCGUGGACGGGUGCACAACAUUUAAUGGAAAAAACUUGUUAUUCGGUGAUCAGUUUGUAGCAGAUCAUCUCCGUCAAGAUGGAACACGAGUAUCAGGAACUUGGGUUACCCUCAAUCCAUUAAACGAAGCCGUGGAACUGUACUUCGACUAUAAAGUGAGGGUAUGCAAAGGCCAGUGUUCAAAGCCCGUCUGUGAAGUAAGUCGAAUACCAGAAAAUCGCCCAGGAGUUCGUAUCGUGCUGCAGUGA